AUGCCUUACAGCGCGGUCCCUAUGAGCGGAACACGGAUACAAGACGUGCAUCAGAAUGUCGGGCCGGGAGUUCAGAACAACAACUGCGGCCCAGGCACCCAGUACAUAGCCCACAACAUCAACAUAGGUUCUCGGGACGACAGUCGUUUUUUGAAAGACUUGUUCAAAACGGACCCAAAAGACGACAAACAGACUAUUGAAAGCCUAAAAGGGGAUUUGAUCCCAGGGCUGUGUCACUGGAUAGUCGACCACCCCUCAUUCCGUAAUUGGCGAACUGGGCCACAAAGACGGUUGCUUUGGAUAACUGGCGAACCCGGCAAAGGCAAGACUAUGCUCAUGUGCCACACCAUCAAUUAUCUCCGAGGUCAGGGGCACAAGCCACUCUACUACUUCUGCCAGGCUACCAGGAAAACAACUGCUACCGACGUGGUUCGUGGGCUUUUGUGGCUACUUCUCACUGAAGACCGUUCACUCAUCGAGCCGCUCCGUCAUGAUUAUGAGCAAAAGGGAGAAAUGCUCUUUCAGGACUCCAACAGCUUGGGUGUCCUCUGCGCAAUUCUCACGAGGAUUCUGUCUGACAGUCCGGGUGUAAAGGUUACCAUAGUAGUCGAUGCCCUGGAUGAGUGUGAAACUGACCUUGAUCGCCUACUUGGUCUUCUGAUGACGCUUUCCAAGAUAGCCAGAACCAUUGUUUCUAGCCGGGACUUGCCGAGAAUAGCAAACGGACUUAGCGUUGCGAAAGACAAACUUCGUAUCGUUCUGGGGAACAACAAGGACAAGGUCGAUGAAUACAUACGGUACAAAGUGAACCAACUCGCAACGCUGAGAGGAUACGACCAGGAAACAUACAACAAGGUGUCCAACUAUCUGAGACUUCAGGCGAAUGGCACGUUUCUCUGGGUGUCUUUGGUCUGCGAGCAACUUGCAGAUAAUGAGGUGUCAGCAGCUGACACCUAUAGCAUUCUGAGUUCCUAUCCCAAGGGCCUGGAUGAGGUGUACCAACGUAUCCUGGAUCAGAUCUCAGGUAUGAGAUCAGAGCGAAAACACCUUUGCUUUAAGACAAUAUCUCUCUUCGGCAUUUGUUGCAAUUCCAUAAGUUCAGAAGGCCUAAGUACCAUAUUUGGACCUUCGUGUUCUUUGGAGCAGAUCACGAAGGAGUGUCGAGGUCUACUCAUUUUCCAGAACAAUGCUAUCUAUCUAGUACACCAGUCGGUCAAAGAAUUCUGGUUCAGGAAGUCUACAACGAACAGUGUGUUUGGGGACGUUGAGUCUCAGCACACGUGGCUUCUGUCAAGGUUGAUCCAAACUAUGUCAAAGGACCUCCGAGGAAAAGACGAUAAGGUGGCCAUUUCUUUCCGCGCUAAUACUCCAAUGUCUCUUCUUCAAUAUGCAUGCGUCUACUGGAUUGACCAUUUUAUCAAGAGCAACAUCGAGCGGCAGGAACAGCAAGAUAUUGUCUACCACUUCUUGGAAACCCAUUUUCUUCAUUGGGUUGAGGCCCUAUCUCGCCUGAGACUCUUGUUCAAAGGCAUAGACGGCCUCGUCGAAUUGCUGGAAGCGUGCAAGUCCAAGUCUGAGGAAUUCGUCAAUCUUAUUUGGGAUGCAUUGCGUUUCUUGCGUCGUUUUCGCGUUGGCAUCGAGAGGUCACCAAUCGAGGUGUAUCGCUCCGCGCUCUUGUUCAGUCCGGAGCAGAGCGCCGUGAGAAAACUAUUCGCUGAUAAGGAUUCUCCUGCUUUGCAAUUGACAGCGAUGGCUCAACGCGACUGGGGCUCAAGUCUACAGUCUCUUGAAGCGCAAAGUCCAUCCACCUUGCCUGUUGUCUUCUCGUCCGAUGGAUCUACGAUUGUUUCGGCUUUUAUUAACCAAUACAUCGCUCUUUGGAAGACAGACACCGGGUCGUAUAUAAGAUCUCUCAGGGGUCACUCAACGCCCAUACACUCUUUGACAUACUCGAAGGACGGGUCCACUAUUGUCUCAGGGUCAGCAAGCGGAACCAUCACACUAUGGGACACAGCCAAGGGACACUUCAGAAACGUCUUUUUCACUGGUCACAAGGCUGCAGUUGUUGUUGUUGCUUUGGAUGAACGAGGUCAGAUCCUAGUGUCGGGUUCUCUGGACCGAACGAUCAAAAUCUGGGAUGCAAUGACUGGUACCUGCCGUCAUACACUAGAGGAUGUGGAAGGAGCCAGACUCGCAGUAUCAGGUGACGGGAAGUUCUUUGCAUUUCCAACGACCGCUGGGGAUAUACAGCUUUGGAAUGCACAGACCUUCGUGCAUGAUAAGACAUUGCGAGGUCAACUUGAUGAAGUUCAAGUCAUUGCGCUUUCGGGCAAUGGAAGAAAGGCCGCCAGUGCUUCCAAUAAAUACAUGGUUGUAUGGGAUCUGGCCAAUGGUUCUAUCCAAAGUCGUCGCAGGGUCGAUAAGCGCAUUUCUGCCAUAGUUUUCUCUACCGACAACUCAGGCCUGGCAACAAACUGGGGCGCUCAUGGUGUCAAACUGUGGAAGCUGAACGGCCAUGGGCUUAAGACGCUUCACGGGUUUAGCGGACCGUUUCAUUCGUUAUGUUUCUCGCCGGACGGCAGAACGCUUGCAUCAUCAGCAACGGAUGGAACAGUCAAGUUAUGGGACGUGGCCAACGAUGAGUGGAUUCAAAGUAGACGUGCAUCUGUUUCAACGCCAAGCCCAGACGAUAUCAGUGAGUCCUCAGGACUAAGGUUUCGGUCAGACUCAUCUGCAAGGCGUGCAUCCCUUUGGCGUCAAAUGCUUCUGUCCUCCUUUGGGCGGCCUGAAAGCAUAACAUGGUUAGGUCUCGAUCGAAGAAGUUACCGUAUACACAUUCGUGACCACCAUUUCAAGCAGAUCGCCGCUGUGGCAUUUUCGCCUGACGGGAAAGAAGUUGUGGUGGUCGAUGGCAAUGUCGUCACGGUCUGGGACUACCAGGCUGGGUGGCGUAGGGAAGAAUUCGUGUCGAGGCUAGAUUGCGCCUCAGAUGCAAUUGUCUCGACGACAUUUUGCAAGGAUAGCAUAUACGUUGCUGAAUACAGCUCCUCAGACAUGAGAACGAGUUUAUGGGACAUACCCUCAGGCCGGUGCCUGAAAACGGUAGAUGAUGGCAUCAGCGUUACAAGCUUGGCGUUCUCGCGGAAUGGAUCCACGCUCGCAGCAUAUGGAAGAGUGAGCCUGAGGCUUUGGGACACGGCAACAGGUGACUUGAAAGCGUCAUUUACGACCGAUCUCGAGUCCCUGAAUCCGGGCCGCAUCAGGUUUUCUGAAAACGGGUCGCACAUAUAUUUUGACAGCAAUUCCUUCAAUUUGUCCUCUCCAGGACCCAUUGUGGCAAAUGGCUUGAUAGGUAUUAUAUACAUUGUGCCGCACCAGUACAGGAUCAGGAGAGAUCUCGAUUGGAUUGCUAAGGGAGAUACAAACGUUUUGUGGUUACCGCCAGGGUACCGACCAUCUGUAUGGGACAUUGUGGGAUCGGACGUAGUUAUGGGCUGUGGGUCUCGCGUUGUUUUCAUUCGGUUACCUGAUAAAGAUGUCUGA